AUGUCCAAUCUCAGCAAAGGCGGCACCAAGAAGGACACCAAGAUGAGGAUACGGGCCUUUCCUAUGACAAUGGAUGAGAAGUAUGUCAACAACAUCUGGGACCUUCUGAAGAAUGCCAUCCAGGAGAUCCAGAGGAAGAACAACAGCGGGCUGAGCUUCGAGGAGCUGUACAGGAAUGCCUACACCAUGGUGCUCCACAAGCACGGCGAGAAGCUCUACACGGGCCUGCGGGAGGUCGUCACUGAGCAUCUUAUAAACAAAGUACGAGAAGAUGUUCUAAACUCCCUAAACAACAACUUCCUCCAAACUCUGAAUCAGGCUUGGAAUGACCAUCAGACAGCUAUGGUGAUGAUUAGAGACAUUCUGAUGUACAUGGACCGGGUGUACGUACAGCAGAACAAUGUAGAGAAUGUCUACAACUUGGGUCUCAUCAUCUUCAGGGAUCAGGUGGUUCGCUAUGGCUGCAUCAGAGAUCACCUCCGACAGACCCUGCUGGACAUGAUCGCACGCGAGAGGAAGGGCGAGGUGGUGGACAGAGGGGCCAUCAGGAACGCCUGCCAAAUGUUAAUGAUUCUCGGCCUCGAAGGGAGAUCCGUCUAUGAAGAGGACUUCGAGGCACCGUUCUUAGAAAUGUCUGCGGAAUUUUUCCAGAUGGAGAGCCAAAAGUUCCUGGCAGAGAACAGUGCCAGUGUGUACAUAAAGAAGGUGGAGGCCAGGAUCAAUGAGGAGAUUGAGCGGGUGAUGCACUGCCUGGACAAAUCCACAGAGGAGCCCAUCGUCAAGGUAGUGGAGAGGGAGCUCAUCUCCAAACACAUGAAGACCAUAGUGGAAAUGGAGAACUCGGGUCUUGUCCACAUGCUCAAGAAUGGAAAGACAGAGGAUUUGGCAUGCAUGUAUAAGCUGUUCAGCAGGGUGCCCAACGGGCUGAAGACCAUGUGUGAGUGUAUGAGCUCAUAUCUAAGGGAGCAAGGCAAGGCACUUGUGUCGGAGGAGGGAGAAGGAAAGAACCCUGUAGAUUACAUUCAGGGUCUGCUGGACCUGAAGUCGCGUUUUGACCGCUUCCUCCAGGAGUCCUUUAAUAACGACCGGCUCUUCAAGCAGACUAUUGCUGGUGACUUUGAGUACUUCCUUAACCUCAACUCCCGCUCACCUGAGUACCUCUCACUCUUCAUUGAUGACAAACUGAAGAAAGGAGUGAAAGGGCUGACAGAGCAGGAGGUGGAGUCUAUACUGGACAAGGCCAUGGUGCUGUUUCGCUUCAUGCAGGAGAAGGAUGUGUUCGAGAGGUACUACAAGCAGCACUUGGCCCGCAGGCUGCUCACCAACAAGAGCGUCUCUGAUGACUCUGAGAAGAACAUGAUCUCCAAGCUCAAGACUGAGUGCGGCUGUCAGUUCACCUCUAAACUGGAGGGAAUGUUCCGAGACAUGAGCAUCUCCAACACCACCAUGGACGAGUUUAGACAACAUCUACAGACAACUGGGGUGUCACUGGGAGGGGUUGAUCUGACCGUGAGAGUCCUGACCACAGGGUACUGGCCAACACAGUCAGCGACACCCAAGUGCAACAUACCCCCUUCACCCCGACAUGCAUUUGAGGUCUUCAGAAGGUUUUACCUUGCCAAGCACAGUGGCAGGCAGCUCACACUGCAGCACCAUAUGGGCUCUGCAGACCUCAACGCCACCUUCUACGGUCCCAUUAAGAAGGAGGAUGGUUCGGAGGUCGGGGUGGGGGGAGCCCAGGUGACAGGAUCCAACACCAGGAAGCACAUCUUGCAAGUUUCAACCUUCCAGAUGACCAUACUCAUGCUCUUCAACAACAGAGAGAAGUCCACCUUUGAGGAGAUCCAGCAGGAGACGGACAUCCCAGAGAGGGAGCUGGUGCGAGCACUGCAGUCACUGGCCUGCGGGAAGCCGACUCAGAGAGUUCUCACCAAAGAGCCCAAGUCCAAGGAGAUUGAGAAUGGCCAUGUGUUUACAGUGAAUGACCAGUUUACCUCCAAACUGCACCGUGUUAAGAUCCAGACAGUGGCUGCUAAACAGGGGGAGUCGGACCCAGAGAGAAAGGAGACACGGCAGAAAGUGGAUGAUGACAGGAAGCAUGAGAUUGAAGCUGCUAUAGUCCGCAUCAUGAAGUCCAGAAAGAAGAUGCAGCACAACGUACUAGUAGCAGAGGUCACCCAGCAGUUGAGAGCACGAUUCCUCCCUAGUCCUGUAGUCAUCAAGAAGCGCAUUGAAGGACUCAUUGAGAGAGAAUAUUUGGCACGAACACCAGAGGACCGCAAAGUGUACACUUACGUAGCAUAAAACAAGUGAAUUCAGUGAAAACCUAACACCACGUCAAGAGAAACUGAGAGCCUUUUUUUGGACUGCUAUGCGUUUGAAAUGAACUUGGAAGCGCUUUCAUCAUUGAGUCUGGGAAACACUGGGAAGCUUAACUUUUCUUCCAUAAAAAUGUGUUUAAAAAGAAAUCAUUCAAAAGACGGGGAAGUUUUCUAGCAAUAUUAGAUUUCUUCUGCUGAGAGUAUGUGAGAAAAUGGAAUGGAUGGGAUCUAGCUUUGUUACUGAUUCAUGUUUCUCAUGUGGCCUUUGGAGAGAAUUGGUUGAGCCUGUUUGCCACUUAAUUGCAUUUUCUUCUAAACAACAGGAAAGAGGAACGAGUUAACAAAAUAAGAGACAUGUUACUAAGCAAAUGAGUGGCUACACAGAGACCAAGAAUACGUAUGAAUUCGCUCCCCUGUUUUAAAUGUUGAUGUAAAUGUGUUAUGUUUGUGUUUUGUGGCACCAUGAUGGCUGUACAGGUUGUCAGACACAUUUGGCCUCUUCCUCCCGAAGGGUUUUAAAAUCAGAGGACAAAGUGUUAACUGGUACAGACCUGGUUUGCAAUGGCAGUGAAAUACAUUUUCAGUACUUGGAAAAACAUGAGUGCUUAAUUCGUCUUAUGUUGCAAAUAUUAUGUCUGUUUUUGAAGUUUUUUUUUUAGUGAUAUAAAUCAAGUGCACCUCACAUAGGUCAAAUAUUUGAUGCAAUAUUCACAUACGUAUUUUGCCCAGGUCUGUACUAGUGGUUGGAGAGAUCAAGAGCUGUAUCUUCACAGCAUGCUUUUGUUUAAAGGAUCAAUCAGGGGAACAAGUCACAUAAAGCUCUAUAAAUGGUGUACGGUCUCAUGUCACCUUUUUCUGUUCUGGCCUUCUGUAUUGGAUUGAAAACAGCCAAGAAAAUACUUCUCCUCUCUUUGAAUGGAAGGUUCCUGGCAAUGCAGGUUUCAAAGAGGAUUUUUUUCAUUCUCAACUGCAUUUGGAGUGGAUGGAGCCAAUCUAGCACCAUGUUCUAAUGUGUACAAAUUGUAAAAUAAUUGUUAUUGUACUCACUGCUAAGGUGGAUUGUACAGGGCCUUGUUUUCAUCAUAUUAAAUGUAGAAUAAAGAAAAUCAAGGGGUG